AUGUGUGGCAUUUGCUGUUCUGUCAGCUUUUCUCCUGAACAUUUCCGCAGAGAUCUGACCGAGGAUUUGCUGUGCAGCCUUACCCGGCGGGGGCCCGAUGGCAGCAGGCAGCUGGGGAGGGCGGAUGCUGGCUACCAGUGCCUGUUCUCAGGUCACGUCCUUCACCUGAGGGGAGUGCGGACUGCCCAGCCGCUGGGCGGCCAGCGGGGCGACGUGUUCCUGUGGAACGGGGAGGUCUUUGGCGGGGUGCCGGUGGCAGCCGGAGAGAAUGACACGCAAGUCAUGUUUGACCGUCUUUCCUGCUGUCCCAGCGAGUCUGGCAUUGUGUCGCUCUUCUCGGAAGUCCGGGGUCCGUGGUCUUUUAUUUAUUACCGAGCGUCUGACCAUCACCUGUGGUUUGGGAGGGACUUUUUUGGCCGCCGGAGCCUGCUGUGGCGUUUUAGUGACCUGGGCACGAGCUUCUGCCUCUCCUCAGUCGGCUCCCACACCUCGGAAGUGGCGGAUCCAUGGCGAGAAGUUCCAGCAUCUGGAAUUUUCAGAAUCGAUCUCAAAUCUGCUUCCACCUGCAAGUCUGUGGUCUUAGACCUGUAUCCUUGGCGAUCCGUCUCUACGGAGGACGGUACCAGAGAAUGGCACGACCGCCUGGCUCAGGCUGCAGCCAGCCUGCCACCGUUCGUGUCCGUGGCAGCGAACGCGGCCGGACUGUGUCUGGAAGAGCCCGUGGCUCCUCUCAAUGUGACGCUGCCACCGGCCCCGGCCGCCGCUCCCCGCGCUGGCGGUGCCCACAGCGGGCCCCUGGCGGGCGGGCUGCGGGCACUGCUGGCCGGUGGGCACACGCGGGAGGUGGUCGGGCGGUUCCUCGCCAUCCUGAGCGGCGCGGUCCGGCGGCGGGUGCUGUGUUUGCCGCGGGAGGACCUGCCCCCGAGCGCGGUUCUGGAGCCUCAGGGCCGGGAAGCCAAGGUCGCGGUCCUGUUCUCCGGGGGCGUGGACUCCAUGGUCAUCGCGGCCCUGGCUGACCGUCACGUGCCUUCCGAGGAGCCCAUUGACCUGCUGAACGUGGCCUUCGUGACCGAAGCAAAGGCCGCCCCCACCAGCCCCAGCGGCAAAGGGAGGAAGCGGGGAAAGGCUGGAGCGCCGGCGGAGGCAGGGCCUCCGGGGGCUGCCGCCGCCCCCGACCGAGCCACGGCCCGGGCGGGCCUGGCAGAGCUGCGAGCCGCCAGCCCGCGCCGCGCGUGGAACCUGGUGGAGAUCGACGUCCCCCUGGAAGAGCUGCGGGAGCUGAGGAGAGCUCGCAUCCGCCACCUGGUGCAGCCCUCGGACACGGUGCUGGACGACGGCAUCGGCUGUGCCGUCUGGUUCGCCGCCCGGGGCGCCGGCUGCCUCGUGGCCCCGGGGGACGCGAGGCCCUAUCGGAGCCAGGCCAAGGUCGUGCUGACGGGGAUCGGUGCGGACGAGCAGCUCGCCGGCUACUCUCGCCAUCGUGCCCGCUUUCAGACGCACGGCCUGGAAGGCCUGAACAAGGAGAUUGCGAUGGAGCUGGCUCGGAUCUCUUCUAGAAACCUGGGCCGUGAUGACAGAGUGAUUGGUGACCACGGGAAAGAGCCCAGAUUUCCUUUCCUGGAUGAAGAUGUUGUCUCCUUCCUAAAUUCCCUACCUGUUUGGGAAAAGGCCAACUUGACUUUGCCCCGAGGGACUGGCGAGAAACUGAUCCUGCGUCUCGCAGCCACGGAGCUGGGUCUCACCGCCUCUGCGCUGCUGCCGAAGCGGGCCAUGCAGUUUGGCUCCAGAAUUGCAAAACUGGAGCAGAAAAACGAAAAGGCAUCUGAUAAGUGUGGAAGGCUCCAAGUCAUUUCCUUAGAAAACCUUUCUAUUGAGGAGACUAAAACAACAUCCACAAUGUAA